UAGCAGGAAUAUUAGAAAUUAAAGGAUCAAAAUCAAAAAGGAUCAAAAUCCAGUUUGGGUUGUAAGAGCCAUUGUAAUUUGUUUUCUUAGGAGAUGAGGCCCAUAACAUGGCUGUCAAUUUUGGUUGUUUGUAGAGUGAAUACAGCCGAAAGCUGUCCUGAUAACUGCAGGUGUACUCAAAAAACGAGUGUUGAAAGGUCAGAAGUGGACUGCCACAAGAGAGGCUUUUCUACAUUUCCAACCAGUCUGCCUACAGACACGUGGAUUUUGAAAAUGGGGGAGAAUUUAUUGGAGGAAGUUCAGCCAAACAUGUUCAGUGUGGUUCCGAACAUCGAGAGUGUAAAUCUUGAACGCAACAUGAUUAAAUCACUACACCCCCAAGGUUUUUCUGGUGCCAACAAAUUGAUGCUCAUGAACUUGUAUGGAAACCAGAUUACCAAACUUCCACCGAAAGCGUUCAAAGACCUCAUCAGUUUGCGCUUUCUCCUUCUGGGACAGAACCAGAUUGCCACAGUCAAACCAGACAUGUUUGUCGGCAUGAGAAACCUCUCCGAGCUCGACCUCCCGCUCAACUCUUUAACAACGCUGCCACCCAACGCUUUCAAGCCACUGAUCGCCCUCAAAGUUCUGGACUUGGCUCUGAACAAGAUUCAGAAAAUCUCUCGCAAAGCCUUCUUCGGUCUCCAAGAGCUGCUCUUCCUCAAUCUGGACAACAACAAGCUGAAGAACAUCCCCACGGGGACGUUCAAGCCCAUGACCGCCCUGGAGAUGCUGGUUCUGGAUAAUAAUCAGCUCUCCGUUCUCACGCCCUCCCUGUUUGAUGGUCUCCACAACCUGCAGGAGAUCUUCAUCAGGAAUAAUGAAAUCGACUCCCUGCCCGCAGACCUCUUCAGACACACGCCCAAACUUGUACAGGUGGCGCUGAGCGGCAACAGGAUGCACACAAUCGACGGCAACAUGCUGGCCAACCUGCAGGGUCUAAAGGAGGCGUACCUUCACGAUAACCCUUGGAUGUGCGACUGCAAAAUAAACUCCUUGGUGGAGUGGAUAGCGCAGACACAGGCGUACCAGUCUCCGUUGAAAAAGAUACAAUGUGCCGACCCGGAGGAGUUCCGCAACAAGCCCCUUCAUACCCUUGCAUCCCAGGGCCUUCACUGCACAGCUUAAAGGGCCCUCCUUGGGCCAUAAUAACAAUGAAUUAAUAAGUGAUACAAUUAAAUGAAGAAUUAACAAGUAACACAUUAAUUAAUAAUUCACACAUAAAUCAGGCUGAAGAGAUACUUUGUUUAGCAUUAUUUGGGCAGAGAGCAUUGUACUCGGCCUUCCCAUUUGGUCCCCUAAUUUUUCUUUGA